AUGACCAAGCGCACGAAGAAGGUCGGCGUGACCGGCAAGUACGGUACUCGCUACGGUGCCUCCCUGCGUAAGCAGGUCAAGAAGAUGGAGGUUACGCAGCACGCCAAGUACACCUGCACCUUCUGCGGCAAGACCACCGUCCGCCGCCACUCCACCGGCAUCUGGAACUGCAAGUCCUGCAAGCGCACCAUCGCUGGCGGCGCCUACAUCGUUGCCACCCCCGCUGCCGCCGCUAUGCGAUCCACCCUGCGACGACUGAGGGAGAUUGCCGAGGUUUAA